CAAAAUUUCUUCUGCUUCUGAAGAAUUCCUUUGGAUACUGCUUUAAGCGUAUUUGUGCAAGGAUCACCUGACCGCGACGAUGACACAUCCCGUCGCCGCAAAGGGACAACCACGCAAGUAUCCGUUCGUCAACAUGCGCAUUGCGGAUAACUCGGUGCUGGACACAAUCGAGGGCCGCCACAGUUGCCGCCACUGCAAUCGGUCCCGCAAAUUCUUUUGCUACAAUUGCUACGUCCCAGUUGGCAAAUUGGUUAACCUGCUGCCAUUGGUCGAGCUGCCCCUGCAAAUAGACAUCAUCAAGCACAAGAAGGAGAUUGAUGGCAAAAGCACAGCAGCGCAUGCAGCAGUAUUGGCUCCCCACAAUGUCCGCAUCCACACCUAUCCCGAUAUACCCGAUUACAGGCAGGAGGAUGGAGUGGUGCUCAUCUUUCCCAGUGCCACGAGUCUCACGGUGCCGCAGCUCUUCGAGCGUGACGUCCGCCUAAACAUCGAUGACAAUUACGGCCUGCCCAAGGGCCAUCACAUGGGCACAAUGCUGCGACGCCGCAUGGAUGAGAUUGUUGGUGAAACGGAACCGACACAAAGCCCCAGGUGCUAUACCUUCGGCAAUCUACCCGUACGCCGAGCCGUAUUCAUUGACAGCACCUGGAACCAGAGUCGCAGCAUCUAUGCAGAUGAGCGUGUGCGAGCUCUGCGCACUGUGGUACUCCAGAAUCGCUUGUCGCAGUUCUGGCGGCAUCAGCGAGGCAGUCCUCGUUGGUAUCUGGCUACCAUCGAGGCCAUUCAUCAGUUUGUGCUGGAGAUGCACGUGAAUGCAUGGGGCCUCAAUGCGGCCUAUCGAGGCCUGGACAAUCUCGAGAUUACCGAGGGCUUCCAUCUGCUGGCAGCGCCGCUCACGGUGGUGGCGCCCGCGGAUUGUGAAGAACCCGAAUCGCCAUAUAACGGGCAGUACGACAAUCUGUUGUAUUUCUUUUCCAGUAUGUACGAUCUCAUACACAAGUACUACGAUCACAACGACCUGAUAUCGUAUCGUCGUCCAAUUUAAGCACAAAUUUCUGUCAAUAUUUAUUAAAGUGGAAUUACGAUUUA